AGAGGUAGGCGAUGGCGGCGUGCGCGUGGUGGGCGGCGCCAGCGUACUACGCCCUCGCCGCUGGCGCGUCCGGUGGGAGGCACCGGAGGAGCCGCCUCGACAUUGUGGAAGCGAAGGCCAGGCAGACAUCAUGGCGGCCGGGCGACUUCUGGGAUUACGUGGCCUCCCUCAACAAGGGCAAGCGCCUGGACGAGGCACUGCAGGCAUUUGAGUGGUGGAAGCAGCAGCCAGGAUACCGGGCGCGGGAGGAGCACUUUGUGCGCUUCAUGGUGAUGGCCAGCAAGGCGGGGCAGCCACAUGCGGCACAGGGCGUGUUCGACGGCAUGGAGGCGAUGCAGGUGAGGCCAUCCGUGGUGGGCUUCAGCGCAUUGGUGCAGAGCUACGCCGAGAGCGGCGAGGUGGAGGGCGCCCAGUCGGCCAUGAAGCGGAUGCUGGAUACAGGCAUCCAGCCCAACGUGGUCACCUACGGUGGCCUCAUCCGUGCCUAUGGCAAGAGGGGCCUGUUUGACGAGAUGGCCAAGGUGGUGAACACCAUGAAGACGGUGCGGUGUGAGCCUGACUUCUUCGUGUACAAGAACGUCAUCGAGGCGUACGCGAGCGGCGGCCUGGUGGGGCGCAUGGACAAGGCAUUCAAGGCCAUGCGAGCAGACGGCUGGAUUCCAGACUCGGACAUUCUCAACCUGCUUGCGCAAGGCUACGCGUCCAUGGGAAUGAUCAAGGAGAUGGAAGGCGCCCAGGGCGAGCUGAGGCGGAUCAAGGGGUGGCCACGGGAGGAGAGUGUGCGCGCCUGUGCACUGGCUUACAUCCGCCACAACCAGUUUUACCAGAUGGAAGGCUUCGUCAAGUCCCUGGGCAUGAAGAGGAUCGGUGGCAACUUACUGUGGAACUUGCUGCUGCUCGCGCAUGCCGCAAACUUCUCCAUGAAGAGCCUCCAGAGGGAGGCGGUCAACAUGUGGUCGGCGAGGUGCGCGCCCGACGUCACCACCUUCAACAUCCGGGCGCUGGCGCUGUCGCGGAUGCAAAUGCUUUGGGACCUUCACGUGCUGGUGCAGCACAUGAGGGCCGAGUCGGUGCGGCCCGACCUGGUCACCUACGGCGCGCUCGUGGACGCCUACGCCAUCGCCCGCUUGCUGCCCAGGCUCCCCGAGCAGCUGGACGAGCUGGACAUGGCCGACACCAUCCCGGACGUGCGGACCGAUCCGCUCGUGUUCCAGGCCUUUGGGCGCGGUCGCUUCCAUGCGUUCUGCGACGCCUACGUCCGCUCCAGCUCCACGACGCUUGUCAACUACUCCACCCUCACCACCGCCUACCUUGACGCCCGUCGGACAAGUGGCACCUCCCCAGUUUAAAGUGGUUUUUCAAGGGCAGGGCGAGAGGGAGCGGCUUGUUUGCUGCGCGGCACACUCGGCUCAUGGA